AUGAACCAUUUAUUCUCUUCUGUACUCCUGGCAUCCUGUCUUCUUCUCAUGGGUCAUGGUGAUGCGAUAUACAUAGUCAAACAUAGAGCAGAUACACUACAAAUCGCGGGUUCAAGAUUGCCAGACUGUCUACAUGCAUGCGGUUCAUGUUCGCCCUGCCAUUUGGUUAGGGUGCGGUUCAUUUGUUCCGUGGGACCCGCCGAGGCCGAGACUUGUCCAAUUGCUUACAAGUGCAUGUGUAGCAACAAAACCUAUCAUGUUCCAUAG